GCCCAGACGGCCAUGGCUGGUGAGGAUGUGGGAGAGUGACUGGUAGCCGGAGUGGAUGGCCCUUUAUACACUGGAGCGGACCGGACCGGCGGAAGGAAGGCUGGAGGAGAUCCACUCUGUCUUACUGAGCCACGGAAAAUGAUGCAUCUUAAGUGCUGUAUAAGUGUCCAGUACAGAUUUCUUCUAUGAUGGAGAGAUCGUCAUCAAACUUACCCACUGGGAUGAGGACUAUGGAAAUGCAUCCGUUUGGAAGAGAGGAAGAGGAUUCAUUGGAGAGGCUGUUUGUGUUCUUCAGGGAGCAUUUGCGGCAGGGACACUGGGCCCUAGCGCAAGCUUGUAUGCCCCAGUUAAAGCAGUGGAAAGGAGGUGCUGAACAAGUGAAAGAAAUCCUUCAAGCAAUUGUUGCCUGUCCAUACAAGUUGUUAUGGGAAUCGGUUUCAAGUCCUCAUUGGCUUGCCUGGCUGUGGCUUUUGGAGCUGGAAUUGUGGUGGUCACAUGAUCAGAUAUCGUUACCGCCAUUUAUAAGGAGAGACAUUGAAUUUUUUUUGCUACUGGAACUGCUACAACCACAGGUCUCACAAGAUGUAAUAAAGGAGCUCCAUGAUAUUUUUUUAAACUGCCAUAACCCUGAUCUGGUGAUUGAGAAAAAAGUGGACUACAGUCAGCACAAACUAAGUUCUGAAGCAUUCUCCUCUUUAUAUAAUCUUUUAUCCAGGAACCCUCAACUUGUGCAGGCUGUGAUUAGUUAUCUUCUGGUGGAAGACAGCAACAAUUCUGCUGUGGAAUACAAUCAUGCGUUACAGAAACUAUUUAUUGACUUUCUCCAUUCUGCUCUCUGUUCCUUGAAGAAAGCACGCCAGGGAGAAGUCGUGGAUGGAUCUGACGUGGACAUGCAUGAGUUGACUGCAGACCAAAUUUAUGCUGUAAUUUCUGUGCUUACGUUUGAUGUGGAAAGGCAGGCCGUUGAAAUUCGACAGUUGUGUGAGGAACUCUACAGUGCUUGUUGUGCAACAGAAUAUGGACUGAAUGAGGAUCACCUACUUGGCUUUAUGCUGGGAAAACAGAACCAGACUCUGAUCAGUUUAUAUAGUGCUACAUCCAUCGAGAAGAGUAAAGAGAAAUUAGUUGCACAAAUCUCACCUGACAGAGAAGCUGAAAGGGUUAUUCUCGCAUUGUUUACAGACUCGGAGGAACCUCCUGUCUGGAAGGCAGCAUAUUUCUACAGCACAAGCCAUAGUAAGCACUUUCUGGAACAGGUUCUGGUUACUGCCUUGCAGUUAAUAAAGCGGGAGGACUACAGCACUUUAAGUAAAUUGCUGAAGAACACUUUUAAGCCCUUUGCACGACUCUUGGUGUUACUGGGAUGGAGUUAUUGCCAAAGUUUGGAAUCAGCUCAGACUCUACUGUGUACUCUUCAUGAAAAUAAGGAUUUGUAUUGUGAUGCUGUUCUGCACAACUUCUGUUCUGGAUUGUCUUCUCAGAUUGAGGUGCUUGAGUGGUGUUUAAAAGAAAACAGAUACUACAUUCCUGAGAAGAAAUUUAUUGAUCACCUGCACAGUUUGGAUUGCCAUUCUGCUUUGUAUAGUCUGCAUCAUUUUACCAACCUACCUGCACUGAAUACGGAAGAUGUCAUUGAUUUACUCCAGAAACGAUCUGCUAAUGAUAAGGGUGAUGUUAAUUGCGCAAGAUGUCUGGGCAUGACGCAGAGGCGGAAUGUGACAUUGUAUCAGGCAUUGUGUGCUAUUAAAUAUGCCAUAUAUGCACUCUGUAUAAACGCACACCAGCCAACUUCAUGUAAAGAGUGUCCAUAUUGGGCGUUGGAUGCAGCUGUUAAAGAUGCUGUGAUUGAAAAGGAUCAAUCUGGUAGUCAAGGUGGCUCUGCCAUUUUCAAGUUGUAUUUAUCCAAAUGCCAGGAAUUUCUGCAAGUGCUUCCUGCUCCUUUCCGUCUGGAGGUGUUGGAAAAUAUCUUCUCAUUAUUGUUCUUGUCUUAUAAUGACCUCAUUGGUGAUAAAGCAGGACUAGAACAGCAAUUUUGGCUUGAAGAACUGGGAGACACGGAACAAAUACAAGUGGUGAAGGAAUUUGGGUUCAAUGUAGGACAGCUGGAAUCCACUGUAAAACUUGUGGAUUAUAACGUCUCAAAUUGUGAGCAUUCAAAUACUGGUUUAGAAGAGAAUGCCACACAGAAGGGCUCUGGGAUGGUCCAGGAUGACUGCACGCACAAGUUUAAGAAUAUAUUCUCAACGUCUAGUAAGUUUGCAGAAAAUGAUUCCUCCACAAAACAGCUGGGUGAUAUAGAUCUGAAUCAUUUUAUGAGCAGCACCAGCCGCGGUAAUGACUUUUUAGUAAAUCCAACAACAAUGAAUAUAUUUCUUGAGUUGAUAAAAGGUCAUCUGGAGGCAAUGAAAUGCCACGUUCCUUGGACAAGUGACAAUGUAUCUGAAGAUGAUAUCCAACUAGUGGAGUGCCUAAACUGCUCGAUUGGCACAGAUUCCUUUGGAAGCCGGUUAGCUCAGCUUUCCAGGUAUAUCUGUGAAGCCCAAUGGCGAUACAAAAUAAUAACAAGCAAUAACACAGCUGAAGGAGAAUUACGGUCAUUCACUAAAAAGCAUCCAUCUCUGUCAAGGCGCUCUACAUUGAAGAGAAGAAACAAAGCUCAAAGGAACAGAAUUGAACAGAGUUCUAAUUCUCAGUUGACAGUGGAGAGUAUGAGUGGUGAUUUAAGUACCAGCACCUCAGAUGGAGGUGUUGUAAAUUUGACUGCAACAAAUGAACAUGGGAUUAAGGCUCAAAUCCCCCAUCGUAAUCUUCUACUUCCUAUGAUGCUGGCUCCACCAGAGUCCCUUCUCAUAUCUUGUAUCCUGAGAGAAAACUUUUCCCAAGCACAUCAGGUUGCUUUGAUGUUUGAAAUGCAAUCUUCCUACUGCUAUGGUGAACUGAUCUUCAUGGAACGAUACCAGCAAGUGAUCUGUGAACUUGCUAGAGUAGAGCAGAAAAUGGAGAACCAAGGCAUGGACAGUGUUAAUCGCAAACUAAGUGUUGGUCGGUUCACACUUCAAGCAAUCGGUGAUGCUGCAGCAGCAGGAAUGGUGUUUUAUUCCAUUUCUGAUGUUGUUGAGAAGUUGAUUAAUUCGUCUGAGGUUGCCAGCUCAGCAUUACUGGAGGACUUCUGGAAGAGUAAGGUACAGAUUGAGCCAACCAACCCUCUCCAUGAUGUCCUGGAUGACCUCAGUGCUCCUGCAAUGGCUGUCUUUGAUCUUGCUUGUACCCAGUGCCAAUUAUGGAAAACCUGUAAACAGCUGCUGGAGACUGCAGAAAGGAAACUAAUGGCAACCUUUGAGGCAAAAGGUAGAAAACUUGAUUCUGCUGGUUGUCAUCCCGAUGGAAUCCAAGGUUUUCCUUCAGUCCUUCAACAAAUGAGCAAAAUCCUGAACUUUUCUCAUAGCUCACAUGGACCAACAAAAAUCAAGUCCGCUGAUGACAGAGUUACCAGACACCUCAGUUGCAGCUUGACAGAGCUUCUAUUAGCUUGUUACACUGAACUUUCUGAAGACUGCGUCACUUCACAACUUAACCUUUCAGAGUGCUUGGAGCAGGUGAUACAGAAACUUCAAACAGCCAUAAAGUCCACAGAGACAAAAACGAACAUACUCAAUUGCCUUGAACAAACAAGUUCUCGAUCUCAGGAUUCAGAAGGACACACGAUUCGUUCCCAAAUGAAGCAGUUGCUGAAGAAUUUGGAUCGACAGAUUCAAGCUUCGACGGAGAAUCAAAUUAGACCAGACUACGUGCGAAGCAUGUUUGAUUAUAUCAACACCCUUUCAGCAGUGCUUGUUCGAAGUAUGAACCGAGAUACUGAUCAACUUGCAGAUAUAAAAGUAGGAAAUCCUUUCAUAGUUCUGCAGCAGACUCCAUCGCAACUUUUUGCACAUUUGCUUUUUGAGAAGCCAACUUCACCUGACCGGUUGUUCAUGCUACUGCACAAGGAGGAACUGAAGUUAAACGUACAAGAGAUCAUUGUUAACUGCUGCUGUGAGCGUCUUCCAUUGAGGAACACCAGGAAACUCGGACACUGUCCAUCUUUUCUCAGUGAAAUAAGUAAACAGAUUGAAGAAUACACCAAAGAUUGUCUUCCUGAUUUAGGAUUCGCCCUCUCGAGUGCAUUGGACUUGGCAGAAGAGAUACCUGAAUGUGAAUUAUCAGAAUAUUCCUUGGGAACAUAUUGUCUCAUUCCUUCUGGUCUGAAUUUUCUCAAGUCACAUUCACAGUUACUAGCAGUCCUUGUCUGUUUAACAGCUACCCAAGGGCACAGGGCACUUAAACACAGUCUGUCGUGGAAGGAACGUUUAAGUGGUCGUACGGAGGCACCCCUGGACAUGGAACAGAUCUGCAAGGAGUGCGAGGAGUUAAUGAAAGGAUUUCCAGUCCUUGAGCAUUUUCUUUCUACAAUGGCUGAGCCUUUCACGAAAACCCAAGAAGAAACCACCAGUCUUGUGGACUCUCUGUGCGGCAAUCCAUGUAUUACCCUUUUGCUGUCAGGCCUUCAUUCUGAGAGAGCUGUGAGCACAAUAACAGAAGUGUUCAGACAGCUCUUGUCUGAUAGACGCUGGCUUGGCUUGCUGAAGGUUCUUGAAUUGUACGGUGAUGAGACUGAAGAGUUUGAGAAUCUAAAAGAUAUCCUGCUUAGUUGUGCUGUCAUAGAAGAGAACAAAGGUUGGGAAUAUCUGAUCCGUAUCAGAAAUGGUAUUCUACGAGCAAAACUGGUUCUUCACUGCAUAGAAAAAUGGCCACUUGAAGCAUGUCUUGAGGUUCUGUUUUAUUGUCUGAGUGAUUCUAAUAUGAACAAAAGAGAAUUAAAGUCUGAUCUGCUUGCAAAGAAAAAGGAACUUCAGGUUUAUCAGAAGAUCCUUAAUCUUAGGUCUCCAAUCCCUUGGCAUGGUUGGCAAGAACUACGAACUGAAUCCAGUGAGAACCCACGUGUUGUGAUGGACAUCAUUUUGAAGUGCAGGGAGUUUGAGCUUUGUGAGGCUUGGGUUCAGUUGCACCCUGUUCCAACGCACUUCACAGUGAAACUCCGGCAUGAAUAUCUCAUUCACCUUCUUGAGCUAGGAGAUGGAGAGCGAGCUUUCCAGCUUCUGCAGGGGAUUUGUGAUCCUGACAUGUGCCAAGUUAUAUGUGAACAAGCUCUGGAUCAGCACCCGGGACUAGCUGCUUGCCAUUUUCUUUCCAAUUACCUUACCACUCACUUUCAUAAGAGUCUCUCUGCUGCACGACGUCAUGAAAUUCAAGCAAUGCGCAUUGGAUCCAAGCUUUUACUAACAUUACCGGAGUCUGCACAUGAUGCCUAUUCACACCUGUCCUCAAAUCCAUUGUUAAUGUUGGAGCAACUACUCAUGAAUAUGAAAGUGGAUUGGGCUUCAGUAGCGACCCAGACACUUCAUCAAUUGCUUGUGGGGCAAGAAGCAGGUUUUGCCAUUGAAGACAUUGAUUGCCUUCUUUCCAAAUAUGCAGCCAAGGCUCUUGAAGUUCCGUAUGCAGUGCGAGAGAAAACACGAUCAGAUUCUGUAAUUAAUCUGCAAGAUUUGCUCACUCAGAGUGCAGGACCAGAGAGUCUCGCAGAAUUGCCAAAUAUCGAACAAGCGACAAGCUUACCUUCAGUUAAUCCAACUCUUCAUGGACCAUCCAACCCUCAAGAAGAAUCCAUUCAAAGAUCUAAAUCGACCAGUGAAUUUGUUCCUCCAGCAAACCCACCUGCAAAAAAAGACUGGGUACCUGACAGCAAGGCAAUGUUUUGCUUGGUCUGUUACAAGGAAAGGUUUACCAUGUUCAAUCGUCGACAUCAUUGCAGGCGCUGUGGUCGGGUUGUUUGCCAGUCUUGCUCAGCAAAGAAAAUGGUGGUUAAGGACUGCAGAGAGAACCCAGCACGGGUUUGCGACCAGUGUUACAAUUAUUAUCAUACAAAAGAAAAAGAACAACUGGAUGAAGGAGAAGAUGCCACAAGUUGCGAUGAUACUGGCUCGGAACUUGCUGUCGCUUUACAGAUGCCAAGAGUUGCCGAGGUACAUUGGAGUCUGACUCUGAACGAGGUUGAAAAUGAAAUUGAGCGCAGUGAGUUUUUCUAUGAACAGGCUCCCAGUGCUUCUCUGUGUAUUGCCAUACUUAAUUUGCACAGCAAUAGUAUGGUAUGCGGCCAUCUACUGAUAGACCAUUGCAGCAAACUCUCACGAGCAUUGACAAACCCAGAAGUGGAUGCAUGCCUCUUAAUGGACAUCAUGAAGCAACUCCUAUUUAGUGCUAAAAUGAUGUUUGUGAAAGCAGGAAGGAGCCAGGACUUGGCUCUUUGUGACAGUUAUAUCAGCAAGGUGGAUGUAGUGAAGAUUCUGGUCGCUGCUAACUACCAAGAUGUGCCAUCCCUCGAACAAAUCCUUCAACCAGCAGCCAUCACAAGAUUGAGAAAUAAGCUUUUGGAAACUGAAUACUACGCAUUGGCAGUUGAGGUUUCAACCAAGAGUGGCCUGGAUCCAAGUGGAGUCUGGCAUGCCUGGGGAUUAGCCUGCCUCAAAGUAGGGAAUUUAUCUGGAGCACGGGAGAAAUUUAGUCGUUGCUUAAAACCACCUUUCGACCAAAAUCAGCUAACUCUUGGCUCCUCACUCCUGCAAGAAAUAGUGCAGCACCUGGAGACUUCUGUAAAACCAUAUUUUUCUACGCAGGAUGAUGACAUCCUCGCCUCAUUGAGAGACCUGGAGGCCAUGCUGAAGGUUGAUGGUGUAGGUUUAGAAGUUAAAGGGGACGGAAAGGUCAAGCAACAAGUCUUUUACGAGGAAUGCUUGUUUUACCUGCAAAGUUAUGGCACCAACCUGGCCAUUAUUAGUUUUUAUAUGAGACACAACUGCACAAGAGAAGCACUGCAGCAUCUGCUGAACAAAGAUUGUCCAGAAGAAGUAUUCAUCCGAGGGAUUUUUAUCCCAAGUUAUGAAACUGGAAAACUACAUGCUUUAGAAAAUUUGAUGGAGGAACUGGAUCCAAGUCUGGAGAAAUGGAGUCGCCAUCUUAUUGCAUCCUGCAAACAUCUGCAGAUACAGGGUUUCUUCAACAUUCUCUACGAUCUGCAGCGCUUUAUGAAGGACCAUAUGAGAGCAGCCAUGACGUGCAUCAGGUUUUUCAGUCAUAAAGCAGAAUCAUAUAGUGCAUUGGAAGCUAAACAAAACUGCCUGGUAGAUGCCAAAGGUCACCUGAAAACGUACUUGCAAGAAGUUUCCAACCGCAGUUCAACCAGGAAAAAAGUUACCAGCUCUUUUCGCAAGAAAAUGUCUGCAGCAGAUGUCUCGAGGUACAUUAACACAAUUGAGCUGCAGAUUGAAGUUACCAAGUUCUUGCAUCGAUGUGAGAUCUCGGGUAGUUCAAGGAUCAGUGGACCUCUUGCCAAUCUCUUUGGAAAUAACAAAAUGAAGAUGGAGGUUGCAUGCAAGGUUCUGCUUGGAGGUAAAAAUAUCGAAGAAGGCUUUGGAAUUUCUUUCAGAGUCAUUCAGGACUUUCAGUUGGAUGCAGCUGCUGUCUAUGAUAAAGCAGCAAAACAUCUUCUGCAGCAGCACAAGGUUUGUCAAAUCAGACAGUUGCUGAAAUGUGUGAGUGAAUCAGGAGUUGCUAGUGGUGACGACACGGAUAACCUCCUCCUCCGAUUUAUUGAAGGUGCUGAUGAGCACCUUUCACAGUCAAAAGAGCUAGAGAAACUGAUUCUUGAAAUGAAGAAAGAUGAUAAUAAGAUCAAAGCUUUCUUGCUAUGUAAUAAAUACCGCUCAGCCUAUUUGGUUGCGGUGAAGCUCAAUGUUGUGCAGGCUGUGUGCAGUGUACGGGAAGUGCUGGAGGCUGCUGAAAGAGCACAGGAGGAACUCAUACCAAAGAUCUGUAGGGACUGGCUGAAAUCACACCAACCUAAAACGCAAACACAAAAAACCCAUGGCAAUAAAUAAAGGAGAGCGAGGCUGCACAGGAUCUAAAUUGCUACCUCAAGAAAAUUUGCCAUGAAAUAACAUUUUAUCGAUGAAGGAAGGGAAUGACGUUCUGAAGUUAUUUGGACAAUCAUGGAAAUAGCAGUAUUUUUUGUCACGUUUUCUUAUGCAAUCUUUGAACUUUUUUACUUGAAUUUUAAAAGGUUACUGUUGCACUUGGGACUGUUUUCAUGCAUUUUCUUUUCCCCGCCCAUUCCAUUUCAGAUUUGGACAUGUGUCAAGUCACUACAAAUCUGGCACGGUCUGUAAAAUGGGAGUUGGCUACAAGCAUGCAAUUGAUAUAUAACACUGUAAUAACUGAGUCAGUGUUGACUGCACUUCAAAUAAGUUUAUGUUUUGGCACUAUUGAAUUGUGUGAGGUAUGGUUUAAUUCGAGUGUGAACCACUCAAGUUACUAGUUGAGCUUGAGUUGAACCUAUUUUCAUGUUGUUUUUCUUCUGGUGGCUGUGAUCCGAAAGUCUCUCUGGAUGUUUUCAUUAAUCCUGUAGUACCUGUAGUUCGAUCAAUUUGCAGAAAACCGAAACUUGCGAAAUCAGAAUUAACAGAUUUCUAAAGUAAUCUCUGUUGUAAUCUACUUUUGUGAAAAGAUUGUGCCAUCAAAACAAAUUUGUUUGCUCGCCUCUGACUGUCCUGAAGCUUUGUCCUUGAGCAACCUCUUCCGCAUGUGCUGCCUUUGGCAGUCAUGUCCAUAGCCACACUGGAAUGUCCACCCAUUCCUUCAGAUAUAUCCAGAAUUACUGAUAUUCACGCAGUUGUCAGUCCAUGGAUUGUGAGCUCUGCUGUAACUUUCAUGACUGAUUGGUCUAGAGAUGAGCAAGUUAAAGUACUACUCUUUCUCCCCCCCCACCCCCCCAUCUCCUAUCAAUUUCUCUUCAUCACCAUUGCUUUUCUUUGGACUGGUUCUUGACACUUCCUUGAGCGCCUGUAGCCUUUUGGUAUCUUGUGCAGUGCGACAUGAGAUGGUGAGUGCCAACAGUACUGUAGGCAGCUCAAAGUCUGCCCAUUACCCUUAUUCUUGCCAAUAUGGGUACAUUGAAGAUCAGCUUUUACAAUGUAUCCAGGAAAAUAUUUCCUCCUUCACCCUCCUUACUACAACCCUAUGGGAUUAGAUGAUGUAAUGACCUAAAAGAGAUUAAAUUAUGUAAACCUUCUAAUUCUGUAGCAAAUAGUAAAAAGAAAAUCUCCCUUUCAAAGAAAUACAACAUCAAUAUCUGUCAUCAGUUCCUUCUGGAGAAAUAGUUGUUUUCAAUUUAAAAGUCGAGUUAUUUUUGGAGAUAAUUUGGGGUAAAAAAAAAGUUUAUGGUGGUAUACCCAUUAACUUUAAAGAUUAUAUACUUAUGAAACUGAAUCGAAAUAACAAUGUAUUUGUAUUUUAAGUAAGCAGUUAAAAUACUAAUUGUGUACAUAGAGGAGAAAAAGAAUUUUAAAUACAAAUGUGUACAUACCUCCAUUUCAAUAAGAAUAUAUUUUUAAGUACUGAACUCAGUUUUCCUAUUGUAUUUUUAUUUUACUAUUUGUACCUUCCUGAUCAGAUGUAAUUGUAUAAAUGUAUAAUCAUUUGCUUGGCAUGGUCAAGAAAUAAACUAAUUAUUGUGAAAAGUAUAACACAGUGAUCAAGUCUGCAAAUGUUCAUUGUCGCAACAAAUAAUUUAUGAUGUGUAGGUGGCUGAUACUAGCAGUAAAGUUUAAAUAAAUGUUGAGUUGGGAGGAGAGUUCACUGUGAAUAUUAUCAGUGGUCACUUUCGAUUGUUCAAAGAUAAAGAUGAAAGGUUAAACCAUGAUCUCUGAUACUUUAUGCCAGUGGCAAUAUUUUAUGAAAGUGUAUCUUCAAAUUUUCACGAACAUGUUAUCAAACAAUUAUGCUAAACUCUGAAUGUUGUAAUAAUGUCCUUUGUUUUUUGGUUGACUGAGUACUGAUGCAAACAUUAGAAAAUUGUAGCUUGUCACUUUGAAUAAAUACCACAAUCUAAAAAUGACAUGCCUAGCUUGAAUAGAAAAUAUCUAUGAAAAUAAUGGAGAAUGAGAAGGUGACCACAUGUAUCUUAGUUUAAUCUUCUGCAAUUCAUGUAAUGAAUAAUUGAUCCUGUUUUUUUCUUUCUUUUUUGCUAAUGUGAUGCUUUCUUUCACAUCCAUAUCCUUAUUUUUCUCAAUAUGUACAAUUAUGAUUUUUAUUUGACAGAUUUAAAUUCUUAGGAUCUUUUUCAGAGUUGGUAUAAUAUUCAUUUCAUCAUCAUACAUAUAUUUGAUUAGAACAUUUAUAAUAUAAGGGAAAUAAUUAAUAACAUUCAUUAAUGCAUUUUAUUUGCAAAUACUAUAGUUCACAUGAUAAUGCAGGAAUAUAAAUAUGCAAAAAAUUACCAUGUGGCAUAGUAAUAUGGAAGAUUCCAUAAAGACUAGGUAUAUUGUAUUUAGUGUGCGACAAAGCUGCAAACAUACUAUAUUCAAUAUGGCACAUUCCUAAUUCAUAACAACCUUGUAAACACUAGUCCUCUUGAAAAGCUAUAACACUUACUAAUGUGCUAUAAUGUUGUAAUGCCAUUCUUCAUUUUUAAAGAAGAUGCAUCAUAGUGCAAAAUUGUUCUUAUAAAUGUGCAGUGAGAUUGAAUGGAAUCUUCAUAUUUGCUUCACCCAAUUCCCAUCAUGAAAUAUAUUUUUUGCCAUAAUAAUUUAUAACGAUAGUAAUUUUGAUUUAAAAAUGAGCAAAUUCCAAGGAACACAAAACAAAGUAUGACAGAUUUUAAAGUUGAAUAUAAAUUAUACAAUUUAUACGCAUAAAUAAUUCAUGUUGCUUAGGUUGGUAACAAGACCACAUGAAUGAAUUUAAAUACUGUAGAUGACUUGUAAGUUUCAUCAUGACAUUAUCUCAAAGUUUGUUCCUUGGAAUUUGCUCAUUUUUAAAUCAAAAUUAGUAUUGUUAUUUUCCGUUAUCCAGUUCUAUUUAAAGUCUAGGUAUGAUCUAAUGCUAAAUUGAGUUUAUAUUUAAACUCAGUUGGAUUGGUCUGGUAUAUAGGACCUUUUCACUACCAUCGCCAGGUUAUUAAAAUGCAAGAAAUAGCUUUCCACUUCAGAAUAGUUUCUUGAAUAUUAGCAGAUAUUAGAUUAGCAUUGGACAGUUCUUCAAUCGUUCAAUGGCACUUUAUUGCACUUGCAUUAAAUGCCUUAAAGAGCAAAAGAUGAUGCGGCCUAAGAGUUCAGCUGAAUUUGAAAAAUAUUUGAAGGAAUCAAUAAAAAUCAUUUACUGGAAUUUCAUUGCUAAGCAGAAAUAAGUAGUAAAUUGUGUAUUUUUCAUUUCCCUUCUACUUUUGCCCUUCCCCUGCCUUUCAUUUCCACCUGGGAUUUUCUCGUGGCGAACUUCACUGCUGCAAUUGCAAACUGUUUGACAGGCUGAUAUUUUCUCCGAAAUAAAAUGAGCAACACUCUGCUGAAACUUUUAAUGCUUAAUUCUUAAUGAUUUGUUGUUCCAUCAAAAAUGCUCCAUCAGUUUGGUGCCAAAUCUGACAGGUAGGUAAUUGGAAGAUGGAGUUGGAGGGGGAUGCUAGACUAUUUGACCUUUCUGAACACCAUUUUAACUUCUCCUUUGUCAUAAAAGCAUCUAGAAGCAAAAUAUGCAGAGCUGUCCCCCUUUUGCUGUUGCCUAUGAUAUAUAUUUUUUUCUAGUUUUAGAGUUGUUGUAAUUGGUAGGGAAACAUAUUGUUCCACAGAUCUUGCCUAAACAAUUCUGAAAUUAAAAGACUUGUAUGUGAAAAUUGUGGCUGACAUAUAAGAGUGUUUCAGAAGUGAUGCAGGUUGCAAAUGGAGCAGAGGAGAUUUAUUUUAAUAAUCAUAUUGAGGGCUCUAACUGUAAAAGAAAAAUGUGUUUUUGUUUGUGUACUAUCAUAAUGUAAUAUCUGAAUAAACUGGACGUUCUAAUUGUUUUACUUUAAA